UGGGGGCGGCGUGGAGUCCGGCUCGGCCGCCGCGCGCUCUGCCCGCUCGGCUCCGGAACCGGGCGCCGGGAAGCAGGAAGCGCGUGGCGGCGGGGAUGGCGGGGCCCGGCUGGGGCCCCCCGCGGCUGGACGGCUUCAUCCUCACCGAGCGCCUGGGCAGUGGCACGUACGCCACGGUGUACAAGGCCUACGCCAAGAAGGACACUCGUGAGGUUGUAGCCAUCAAGUGCGUAGCCAAGAAGAGUCUGAACAAAGCAUCCGUGGAAAACCUCCUGACAGAGAUUGAGAUCCUCAAGGGCAUUCGACACCCCCACAUCGUAGAGCUGAAAGACUUCCAGUGGGACAGUGACAACAUCUACCUCAUCAUGGAGUUCUGUGCAGGGGGUGACCUGUCUCGCUUCAUCCAUACCCGCAGGAUUCUGCCUGAGAAGGUGGCUCGUGUCUUCAUGCAGCAGUUGGCUAGUGCCCUGCAGUUCCUGCAUGAACGGAAUAUCUCUCACCUGGAUCUGAAGCCACAGAACAUUCUACUGAGCUCCUUGGAGAAGCCCCACCUUAAGCUGGCAGACUUCGGCUUUGCACAGCACAUGUCCCCCUGGGAUGAGAAGCAUGUGCUCCGUGGCUCCCCGCUCUACAUGGCUCCCGAAAUGGUGUGUCAGCGGCAGUACGAUGCCCGUGUGGACCUCUGGUCUGUGGGGGUCAUCCUGUACGAAACCCUCUUCGGGCAGCCCCCCUUUGCCUCCAGGUCAUUCUCGGAGCUGGAAGAGAAGAUCCGGAGCAACCGGGUUGUUGAGCUCCCCCUGCGGCCCCUGCUCUCCCGAGACUGCCGGGACCUGCUGCAGAGGCUCCUAGAACGGGACCCCAACCGUCGCAUCUCCUUCCAGGACUUCUUCGCCCACCCCUGGGUGGACCUGGAGCACAUGCCCAGUGGGGAGAGCCUGGCACGAGCAACCGCACUGGUGGUGCAGGCUGUAAAGAAGGACCAGGAAGGGGCUGCUGCGGCCGCCUUAUCUCUCUACUGUAAGGCUCUGGACUUCUUCGUGCCUGCCCUGCACUAUGAAGUGGACGCCCAGCGGAAGGAGGCAAUUAAGGCAAAGGUGGGGCAGUACGUGUCCCGGGCUGAGGAGCUCAAGGCCAUCGUCUCCUCCUCCAAUCGGGCUCUGCUGAGGCAGGGGGCCUCUGCCCGAGACCUGCUCAGAGAGAUGGCCCGGGACAAGCCGCGCCUCCUUGCUGCCCUAGAAGUGGCUUCAGCUGCUGUGGCCAAGGAGGAGGAAGCUGGUGGGGAGCAGGACGCCCUGGCCCUGUACCAGCACAGCCUGGAGGAGCUGCUGCUGCUGCUGGCAGCGGAGCCCCCAGGCCGGAGGCGGGAGCUGCUUCACACUGAGGUUCAGAACCUCAUGGCUCGAGCUGAAUACUUGAAGGAGCAGGUCAAGAUGAGGGAGUCUCGCUGGGAAGCCGAGACCAUGGACAAAGAGGGGCUGUUGGAGUCUGUGCGUAGCUCCUGCACCCUGCAGUGACCCCAGAAGGAUGACUGGACAGACCACGAGCCCCCUGGAGUUGGGGGACACGCUAACCCAGGCUGACACCCAGAAUUCUGUGGCCCUCUGCAAUGCUGUGGAGCAGGCUUCCCAGAUUGGCAGCUCUGAGACCCCCACAUCCCAGGGUCCGCAGCACCCUUCAG